AUGAUCCAGAACUACAAAUCCCAGGGCGCCAGUGCGAAAAACAACUAUUUGAGGCGUUUACGUUAUCGGCGUCAUUGGCAGCAGCAUAGACACAGCACAGAACGGGCUCAUUCAGCGAGUGUCCACGGCGAAGACAACAACAGCCUACCUCCCUCUGUCCUGGGAUGCUGCAAAGCUAUGGGACAAAGGAAUCAAAACACCUACAGGCUGCUUUCUAACAAAGAGCCAUAA